CAGGAUAUAAUGUAGCAAGUGUUUUCAGUGUCAUGCCUCUCCUGAUUGGUCAGUACUAAAUGAUAGGGGAAAAGGCGCCAACAGGCAAAAAGGCGCCAAUUUUCUCAACUCCAUCUCUUUGACAGUGACGUUCCUUGCAGAUUCCUUGCAGGAAAGGAAGGUUAAAUAUUCCAUACAAUGGGUUUGCAGAGGGAUUUGUGCUUUAAGUUCUCUAUGCCUCUUCUUUGUAAUGUUUGCCUGCUUUGGGUUGCAGUUACAGGUUUUAAAGAAGCAGUGCAGUGUGAAAUGGUUCCUGCAGUAGCCAUCGGUGAAAAUGUGACCCUCAGCUGUAACUUCACCCUUCCUCUAGAUAUUCUGCAAAUAACCUGGCAGAAGAGGAUAGGACCUUCAUUCCAGAACAUAGCCACCUACAGCAAGAGACACAGACCUAAAUCUGUGGGAUUACUUCAGAACAGAGUCCUAUUUACAGAUACAAGACUAAAUGCAUCAUCCAUCACUCUCCCCAAUGUGACACUGCAGGAUGAAGGAGAUUAUAAAUGCCUCUUCAAUGCAUUUCCACAUGGUUCUUUCAGUAGAAACACCCACCUAACUGUGCAAGCUGUUUCAGAAAUCAGAACCAAGCUCCUCGUAAAUUUCAUUAGCCAGGGGAUCCUCACUGCGAUUUGCUCGGCUACUGGAAGGCCUGCCCCCAAAAUCACCUGGCGACCUGAGGGAGUCCUGACUGAUCAUCGCCCUCAGGUUGGCAGUGUUCACAAUGCAGAUGGAACAGUUAUGGUGACAAAUGUUUGCAACUUCUCCUUGGAACACCUCAAAAGGCUGACUUGUGUAAUGGACCAGCCUGACCAUCCUGAGAGAAUUAAAGAGAAGAUAGUUUAUCAAGAAGAUGAUAACAGACAAGAACAAGAAUAUGGAGGUGUUCCUGGGGAGAAGAUUAUUCUUUUUCUUCUAGUUCCUACACUUUUUGGCUUAGGAGUUAUGAUCAUAGUACUAAGGAAAAUAAAUGGGAAAAAACUACCACCCCAGGGAAGUUGGCUCACCAAUGGGACCCUUGCUAAGCUUUCCAGGAUGCUGUGCCACAGGAAGCCCCACCCUCAGUCCCAAGUUUCCAGUAUGGCCAGCACUCCUGCAAGGGAAGCAUUUUUUAAUGAAGACAAGGUCAAGAGUUCCCAGAACCUGCAGACACCAUGGAACCAGGAUGUUUCCUAUCAAAAUGAGGGACAAACCCCAACACCUCUUCGGAAAAGGACACCAGCACAAAAACUAAAUAGGAGUCAAAACAAUGGAAACGUGUGUAGAGCGUUAGUCCAAGAUGUGAAAAAGAAUGAGGAGGCCAAUUUCCAUGACACUUCACUGGAGGGUAUUAAAGAAAUAGAUGAUUAAAUUUUAAGAAAUUAAGACAGGGGUGAAGUUUAACUACUGAAAAUGAGCAAAAGGUGGCUGAGAGUGCUCCUGAAAUCCUGAGACUUUCAGAUCAGUACAAAUGCUGAAAUGUCCAGUAAUCUUUGGCUAUUUUUCUUGCCCAUAAUCUUUUUAUUCCAUCCACCUGCUGACAAACUCAAUCCUUUGGCAACCCAGGGAAUAGGGGACAAUCUUGAUGUUCAGUAAUCAGUCAGAAAGGGCUCUGUCUUAUUCAGAGCAACCAAAUUUAAAAAUAACAAAGAGCAAUCACAAUGGUAUAACGCAGAUUUUCAAAGUCUUAUAACCAACCUACUUUUUAAACUCAUAAGUAAUUGUCACUUGGUUUGAGGUGCCUCUCUCUGUCACUUAUAUGAGUGUUUGUGAACAUAACCUGAAUAGUACCAUAGGGCACCUGUACAUGCUAUAGGUUUAGUCCUAAUUAAAUUAAAUGGGUUUAUAACAUUUGAACUUGUUUAUUUUGGAGCACUGCAUCAGUGUUUGCACAUACAGGGCUUUCAAAUGAAUUAAGCCUGGUGUACAAUUCCCUGUAAAUUCCAUUAGGGAGAGCCAUAUAAUAGUCCAUCCUGAUGAUCUCUUUGCUACUCAGUUACAGCAGGGGGUGCCAGCAAACCAGUAAUCCCCUCACUCCAAGAACACUCACACCCACCCUGCCCCAGCAAGCCAUAGCUGUCCCACACCAAGCUACAGUUGCCUGCAUGGUCAUCGUCCUCCCACCCCCCCAAAAUAGCCUGGCAUGGAUGCCCCGCCCUGUGCCUUGCUGCCUGCAACUACCCAAAGACUGUGCUUACUGACAGUGGCGCCAUCACCCCAUAAUUCACCCCUGGUUCCAUCAAAGAAUGAAUAACUGCUCGGUCACCUAAGGAGUGCACCUUGGAGUGCUUUCAUUUGCCCUUCAAUGCAAAUGGUCCCCUCCCGCUCUCAGGACUCCCCAGGUCCAAACAGUCUAGGUCCAAAAUGAGAGGCAUCAUACUAAAUUAAUUUAUUUUCCAGUGUGUGCAGGGAUUCCUGCCCCAUCCCCAGCUGACCUGCAGUUUUUAUUAAAAUUACUGGUUCUACCAGUAUCCACCCCACCCCCGUUUAGGUUAAUUUGCUGCUAACUGACCAUAUUCUUCCUUCAGCAGGCUCCUUUGGCCAGCUGCCUUGCCCCCUGGGCAACACUGGGGGAGGGGGCAAAGCCAGGUUUUGAUCAAGGCAAAUUACAGGUGGGGGAUGGGACAGUUUUUAUCAACUUACUUGUGAAACUUAAAGGCUGUGUGGGCAUUUAUACUGCUUGGAGAAUGAGAGGAAACACUCCUAGAACAACGUGUGGCCCAUCACACAUGGGCUCUCAGGCUCCUCUGUCUCAUAUGUGAAGCAAGUCUGCUGGUUCUCUGCCCUAGCAGGCAUGUGGCCCCAGCAAGCCAGGCUAUGGGGUCUCCAGGUUAUGGCUGUCUGCUCUCCUGCUCUCCUUGCCCCCUCAGUUGGUUUCCUUCCUUGCCAGCUUCUGCUUCCAAUUCAGCCCCAUACUCCUUUACCAAUCUACUGCCCACUCCAAGCCCACAGUGCACCUUGGCUCUCUGUAUUGAAUUAUAUGGCUUCAUUAUCUCAGUGCCAGAAGGACAGGGGAUAUGUCAGUGAGAGCUCAAAAAAGACAAGUUCCCUGCUCUCAAGUUUAGAGUCAAAAGGGGGAAGUCCAGCCUCAUGCCUGUAGGUCACAGGGGGUGAGGGGAUUGAAACACAGUUUGUUUGUCCCUACCUUUCUUCCCAGAAACAGCUGAGCUCUUUUGGCUGAAUUCUUCCAAAACCACAGAUCAGAGGAAGAUAUGCAACGCAUUAGACAUUACUCUGAUUUGUUAAAGUUUAGUGAUUGUUAGCAACUAUAUUCCUUACAAUGGGAAAUGUCUGGCAGCCUUUAGUAAUAGGUGGCAUGCUACCAGGUCUGCCUUUCAUUCAAACUGUACCCUCUCAUCCUUGCUUCACCACCAAGACUUAUCAUAUCCCUGCAAAGAAGGUGUUAUCAUAGCGAUAGAUUUGAGAAGUGCAGUGAGGGGAGAAGCCCCUUAGCCCAAAGGCUGCCUGAACCUGAUCAGGAAGUCCAUGUGAAUGUGCAUCAGCAGCAGGCCUGCGAGCCGGAGACCCCGACUCCUGGAGCAGACAUUGAGGAUUUGGGAGAAGUGGCCUUAUACUGGAGCCUGAGUGGGAAGAAGAUGCUGAUGAGGAAGCAGAGCUACAGAUAAGACCUCAGGGGCAGCAGGAAGUGAACACACAGCCCAUGCUGGCUGUGCGCCAGAGAACUGUGCGCUAGCGUCCCCUGGCUUCUCGCUUGAACCACUGUAGGUGCGUAGCUACAUUUCCUGAAUCAAAGGAAAAUACCUGAUCACUUCUGUUUUGAUGUAAUCUUUGCAGUUUAGACUAACCUGCAAAGACUGAAUCAAUUCUGCCUCAGGUAUUUUGACUGUCUGUACUUAGCCCUGAUGUUUCAAGAGAUAAUGAUGGGGCUUUUAGAAGAAUGCUAGGGAUAGGACUAACAGGUCCUAUUUCAUGUCAAGAACGUAAGGGUUUCAUGAAAACUCUUAUGCAUGUUUCUUUUUAUGGUAUAAUGAAAUACUGCUUGAGAGAGGCACUUUUUGAAGACUGUGUGGGCUGUGUCCCAGCUGCACCAGGGCAAGGAAAGCAUGUGUGUGUGAACUGGACAGAUGAGUAUAUAAACCAGACAAUUCAGGAACUUUGUACUGAGCUGUGCAUGGGAAGCGUUUUAUAUUCUGUAAUUACAGCAUAUUGGAGGAGUCUCAAUUAAUCAGGUCUACUGGAGCAUGGUCCAUUGCCAUGCUCCAACCAGACUUUGUCUUGAAGUAUCCCUGUGCUUCAAGAUGCCAGCGAGAGCACUUUAUUUAAAGUUUGUUUAAUAAGCCACUCUUGGAGCCACUCUAAUUUCAGUGCCCCCCUCCCACACCCAGAUCAUGUCUAUAGAUGCCCAUUGAGUUCAGGAUGUAAAGAUUAUAAACGCUGUUCAUUUUGCUGAAGAUGCAAAUGCUGCUUUAUAUGGAAUGAUCCAUGAAGAGGAUAUGCAUGCCUCUGGUACCCUACACUGAAUACUUAAUUGGGACAAGGAAAUAUAGGGCACUUAGACACAUGCGGGCAGCCCGCUCCAAUGCUCUGGAAAUCCAUCGUGUCGGAACAGACUUGAUUAACCGAGUCUGCUGGAGCACGUAAAUUGACAUGCUCUGGAAGCCUCACAUAUCACAUGUAUCAAUGGUGCAGUGUCUCCACACUGCAAAAAUGGCGGCGGUUCACUUUGAAAUAAAACACAUUUGAUAUGCUUUAUUCAAAGUGUCCUGCUGCCAUUUUCUCAGCACAGCAACAUGCUGUGCUAUGACACACAUGGCAUGCAGAUGCUUUUAAUUAACAUAGCUUGCUAAUUAAAAGUAUCCAGUGCCAUGUUGGGAACACGUGUAAAAAAUGCCCAUAAAUUCCUCCUUAAGAGGAGGGAUUAGCAAAAGCAGUUUUAAGUGUAUUUUUGCAGGUAUUACAUCUGUCUUAUGCCAAGAUAAGGGAUUUGGGUGGGUGCGUUAGCCUAUGUUAGUGUGCUGUAAAGGUAAACUUGACGAGACUUGGAUGUCACUAGAAAUUAUAAAAACACUUCUGAAGAGGAGUGUUUAGCAAAAAUAAAUAAAAAGCAGUAAAUAUUGUAUCGAUCUGAUGAAAAUAAAGACUGAUUUUAAAAGCA